AUGGCAGGAAUCUCUGGCAGCAGCUCCGGCUCGUGGAUCCCCGUCGUGGAUCUCUCCCCGUUCUUAGCGGGAAACGACGACGGCGGGGACGAGACGACGACCGGCAAGAAGAAGAAGAAGGCGGUCAUGGAGGUGGUGAAGGAAGCAUGCUCGGAGACCGGAUUCUUCCAGGUCGUCAACCACGGCGUCCCUACGCCGCUCAUCGACCGCGCCUUCCAGGUCUCCACCCACUUCUUCGACCUCCCGGCCGACGAGAAGCUCCGGUACUCCAGCGGCUCCGACGCUCCUUUGGCGCCCGGGUACAACCGCCAGCCCGUCCACCCUCCCUACCGGAGCGAGUUCCUCCUCAUGUUCUCUCCAUCCUCCGCCAUGACCAACAUCUACCCUGCCAACCCUCCCCAUCUCAGGGAAGUGGAAGAAGAGGUGUUCACAAGCCUGAGCAAGACGGCAUCGUUGAUCGAGGGCAUCAUCAACGACUGCUUGGGUCUUCCCUCGGGACUUCUCAAGGAGUUCAACUCCGACAGGAGCUCGGAUUUCCUGAUGGCUCACCAGUAUUUCGCGGCCACCGAGGGCCAGACCAACGGCCUCACGCCCCACGAGGACUCCAACUCUAUCACCUUGGUCUUCCAAGAUGAUGCCGGAGGAUUGGAGGUGUUCAGAAACGGAGAGUGGAUUCCGGCCACUCCUGAACCGGGCGCCAUCGUGGUCAAUGUCGGAGACAUUAUCCAGGUGUUGAGCAACAACAAGUUCAAGAGCGCGACGCACAGGGUGGUUCGGCCAGGGGGAAAGAGCCGCUACUCGUACGCUUUCUUCUACAGCUUGCCGCCGGAGAAAUGGGUGGAGCCGUUGUCGCAGUUGACGGAGGAAGUCGGGGAGCUGCCAAAAUACCGCAAGUUUCAAUUCGGAGAGUAUCUGGAGCUGAAAAGGAAGGGGAUAUUCAAUCCCCCGAAAAGGCCUCAAGAUAUUAUCCACGUUACCCACUACUCCAUCAACUAA